AGCUUUCGCGCAUUCCAAAUACCGCUUUAAUGUCGAGAUAUUUCGCCAUGAGAAGUUCAUGCUAAGGACAAACCAGACAAAUCUGUUCUCUCGGCGUUACGCACAAACGUUGUCGGUAUCAUCGAGAGGUCUCACAGACUUUUAGCCAAGAAACAUGGCUUCUGUGGAGACGCAGCCUUCAGCUGAAUUCAGGCUACACCGCCUCGCUCCAUGGUUUGACCCAGAGAGUGCCGCGGUGACGACCAUCCUGUUGGGACUGUUCCAGGUGCUGCUCGCUGCCUCGGUUGCUCAAACAGACGAAGUUCUACCGAAACUCUUCGUGCUGCCACUGGUUUCGGGACUUCUGAUUGUGGCAGGAGGUUCCCUCACUGUGGCCAAUGAGAGGAACCCAAGCAGAUUACUGCUCCGAGGUUGCGCCUGCAGUAACGGGGUCGGCCUGCUGGGGGCGUUGCUCGCCUUCUGUCUUUACUGCUACACCCUGAGCCUUCAAGACACGGAAGAAGAAUGCCCAUCCAUUCCACAUGAGUACUACUACCAAUCAUUUUACAGCUGUCCACCAACAGACCUGGCGAAAUUAACCUCGAGUGUGACACUGCUGUUGCUGCUCUAUGACACCGGAGCCGCCAUCAUGCACUGUCUUCUGUCGGUCUCUGCCUUCAAAACGCUUAAAACUGACUAAGGUGCAUGCACGCGUGGGUGCAUGCAAACACACAGAGCCAUGGGGCGAGGGGAAUUCAUGCAUCUGUAAUCUCUGCCUUUAUUCAGGAAAAAGGCAAUGGAUAAAGGCGGCUGAAAAGUCUGUGGAUGAUGCUUAAAUGUUAAAAAUGUGUUGUGUGUACACAUCUGUAAAGAGACAAUACAUAAAUAAAACUUAACUCAACUAAA